AACAUCCCCCUCACAAUAUUCCAUGUAAUCCAACAAAUAUAACCAGAGUCAUGUCAUUUUCUUCAUCGUCAAUGGCUGUUGCCAGAAUAAUAUUCAUGGUCGUAGUUGCAGUACUUGUUUUUUUGGUUUUUCAUGGGAGUUCUGAAACCUCGGGUACUGCCGAUCUUCCUGAUCUAGUUCUUGACUAUUACAAACAAACAUGUCCCUCAGUUGAACAGAUUGUGAGACGCAAUGUUGAGGUUGCUGUGUUUAAAGAUCCUCGAAUGGCUGCCUCUCUCCUCCGCUUACAUUUUCAUGAUUGUUUUGUCAUGGGGUGCGAUGCUUCGGUUCUUUUGGAAAGCCAAGGGAGCAUGGUUAGUGAAAAGCAAGCAGGACCUAACCUCAACUCCCUACGUGGAUUUGAGGUCAUUGAUGAGAUCAAAUAUGCUUUGGAAGAGGCUUGUCCCUAUACUGUUUCCUGUGCUGAUAUACUAGCCCUUGCUGCUCGUGAUGCAGUUUUAUUGAGAGGAGGGCCAGUAUGGAAUGUCUUCCUAGGAAGGAGAGACUCUCUGAAAGCAAGCUUUAGCGGUGCCAACCAGUUCAUCCCUGCUCCAAAUUCCUCUCUGGAGACUCUCAUUGCUAAUUUUCAAGAUCAAGGCCUCGAUGUGGCAGACUUGGUUGCUUUAUCAGGUAGCCAUACGAUGGGAAGGGCAAGGUGCCUAAGCUUCAGGCAAAGGGUAUACGAUGUGAGCACUGAACAUGAUCAUGAUCGUUACAAGAGACACACAACUUUUAGAAGAAUCCUACGGUCCAUAUGCCCAAAAUCAGGAAGAGACAACGAGUUUGCACCGCUUGAUUUUAUGACUCCGGCCAGAUUUGACAAUCACUACUACCUUAAUGUUCUCGAGGGAGAAGGUUUGUUAGGAACUGACAAUGCGUUGGUAGCAGAAGACGAUGAGGGGGAAAUAAGAAGGCAGGUGUGGGCUUAUGCCUCUAAUCAAAAGCUUUUUUUCGAAUCAUUUGUGAAGUCUGUGGUGAAGAUGGGGAACAUCAAUGUACUCACCGGAAAUGAAGGAGAAAUCAGAAGGAAUUGUAGGUUUGUCAACUCCUAGCUGCUGGAUAUUGGCUUCUAAUAAUUAAUUAGAACUUUGUAUUUGGACCUA